UUCAGUGUUCCGGGUUGGCGAGUUUAUGCAGGUGCCAAAGGAUCCACGUCACUUUGUUUUCGCUUAUGAAGCAUUUAGACACACACACACACACACACACACACACACACACUGACUCUCACACACACGCCGUACCGCUCUAUCCUGCAUCUCACACGUUAACGCGCUUAGAAACCGGAAGCUACGAUGUCGCUACUGGAAACAGACGACAGCUAUGAUUUCGUCUUUAAAAUAGUUUUAGUCGGGGAUGUCGGUGUGGGGAAAACCUGCGUGGUUCAGAGGUUUAAGACAGGGACUUUUAUCGAAAGGCAAGGCAACACGAUUGGAGUGGAUUUUACAAUGAAGACGAUGGAAAUUCAGGGAAAAAGAGUCAAGUUGCAGAUUUGGGACACAGCAGGGCAAGAGAGGUUUCGGACCAUCACACAGAGCUACUACCGCAGCACAAAUGGUGCCAUAAUCACAUACGACAUCACCAAGAACGCAACCUUCUUGGCUGUGCCCAAAUGGAUGGAGGACGUCAAGAAAUAUGGCGGCUCAAACAUCGCCACUCUUUUAAUAGGUAAUAAAUCAGACUUAACUGAAGAGCGAGCUGUUUCUUUGGAGGAAGCUCAGGCGAUGGCUCACCAGCUGGACUUCAUUAGCGCCAUUGAAACGUCCGCCAAAGACUCCAGCAACGUGGACGAAGCGUUUAAUAAAAUGGCAGCUGAGCUGAUGCUGAGACACGGCGGGCCUGUAUUCAGAGACAGCGUAACUGACAGCUUCAAACUUAACAGCAAGGACGUGAGUGGCGACGCCUGGAGCUGCAGCAGCUGUUGAUGCUGGUUAUAGGUUUUACUUUGCUAUUCCUGUUAGCCAUGUUGGCCUGUAAUUCAUCACAGGGCUCCUUUGUGUGAAUCAAGGCUUAAUCGUCAGUGUUGACCAAAUUUAUCAAUCAUUAUUUGAUUAACUGAUUUAUACCUCUGACUUUUAAGGAGAUGUAGUCAACCAGACCAGGCUCAUAUGAAAGAUGUAGUAAAGAGAGGUGUUGAAAAUGCACAGAAAUGACUAAGGUAGCUGCCGCUUGGAUCUCAUAGGACCUUUGACGAUCCGUCUUCAAUAAGAGAAAGAUCAGGUUUCAGCCAAGUAUGAAACCAUUCUGGUUUGAUCUGUUUGCCUGAAAGUCUCAAACUUAAAUCGUUAUAUGAGCUGUAGCUAGACGUGAUAAAAAUAAGUCUGUUUUUCUUGCCAAUCCAAUCUGCAGAAAGUAGAAUAAGUUGAGAAUAGGCUCAUAUGUCACUGUUUUCUGGCAUAUUUAUCUCCCGAUUGUUAGUACUGAAUCUGCUGCUGAGGUACUUUUUAUUGAAAUUUUUAUUAUUACAGACCUGUGAGCGCCGGCUAAAAAGAGACAGCAAUGAAUUGCCUUUUAAUGGGUCAUCCAAAAAUGUAGCCAAGAAGCAUACACAAUGUGCUCCCCGGGGUGCGUCUCAUUCAGCUCCAUAGUUCAGUAGUCAAAUCUCAAUCAUAGUCUUCCAGCGCACCGGAACGUUCACUCCCUAAAUAAGUCCCACAAUACAUGAAAAAAAAAAAACAGGGAGCAUCCCUGUUUAAAAAAAACUGUGGAUAAACUCUCAGCCAACUGUGUCUACAUACAGUAUGUAUUGUUGUCGUAGAUCUCAAAUGAUUGCUUAGGCAAGUGAUUUUUGACUAAAUGCAUUUUAUUUGUCUCUAAUGACUUUUCAGUGUUGAAUGAAUUAAUGAUUUUUGGGAGACAAAAAGAAGUCCACCGCUGUAGAAAUCUACAGUCCUGCUUCAAGUACCAUGACAGAAAUUAUUUUUCAUAAUUAUUUUAAACAAAAAAACCCAAAAAGAUAUCACCACUGAUAUGCAUGUCUCUGGAAAUGGAGGCAUCAGUGUCCCAGUGUGUAGUGAGCCAGGAUCCUUACCAAAGAGAAUACACUGAUUCAUGAGCUAGGGUGCUGAUUGAGACACACCCCAGUGUACAUAUGAAUAUAGCCAAACUUUUCUUCUUUAGUUGUCACGCACUUGCCUCAAAAUACUCUCCAGCUUAAUAAUACUGUUUGUUCAUAUACAGUUUAGUGAAUUUACCAAAAUAAAGUUUGAUCAGAAAUAGUAGAGAAAGUCUGGUAGGUAUUGAAAGAAGGAGUCAAAUGAGAGCUAUAUAUAUAAAACUGUCCCACCUCUUACACACAAGUCUGGGAUUAUAUUUCUAGCUCGAGUCUUGACACUCAGAUGAUGUUACAUCAAACUAUGUGUGGAGGAAGAAAAAUUAUUUUACCAGCAUAAUGGCAGCUUCUACUGUCCACUUGAUCAGUAUGUUUAAAUCUAUAUGUUUAUUAGGGAUUUAGCAAUACAUCAAGCUUACAAGUAGAAAAAAAAUAGAUACUUUAAAUAGAGUAAAUCCACCAACUCGCACACAACCGCUUAGAAUUGAGACUACUGCAGUUUACAUAAUGCUAAACUCCAAUUUGUCAGACUCCCAAAGGCCCAAAAGCUGACAACAGUUUAACAUAUAUAAAUAUGGAGCAACUUGGUGCAGUAGGAGCGAAGACAGUAGAAGUGAUCUGUGGUAAAGAAUCACUAUGUCAGCCAGUAAUGUGAAUGUAGCAUGAGGUUAACAUUGUACAAGCAGAAUUUUUGGCCCAUAAAAUGUGUUCAUUUGUCAGUUAUGACCUUAGAUACUAAAGAUGCCCCAAAAAAUAAUCUGCUGUUAAUUCAGAUUUUUAAACACUGCAUUGAUGUUGGAUUAAUCUAUUUAACAAUCCAAUAUUUGACAAAUUAUAGUACAUUUAUUUACUUUCUAAAUAUAUUUUAUUUGUAUAGCACUUUUGACAACAGACGUAUUACAAACCAGCUUUUACAGACAUCUUUAGAUUUGUGUUUGUGAUACAUCUGUUUCUUUAGAUAAAGUUUUAUAGAGAGAGAGAGAGAGAGAGACACAGAGAGACCUAAUGAGCAAGCCAGAGGCGACUUGGUAAGGAAAACAUCACCAUGUCGACUGAUUUAGCACUUGUCUUCUAGCUCAUCAGCAGAAUUCCUCAGAAGUCUCUCAUAAAUCAGCAACUAAAGCCUACAGAAAAUCAUUUCAGUUUCUGAGAGGAUUCUCAUCUAAUACACUUUACUCCGAAGUUUGCUAUCGAUGUUGUGUUAAACUGUCAUAUCAGUGUUUCCUUGCUAUAUAUACAUCCCUUAUUGUCCCAUUUUACAUCCUGUUGGACAUCCUGUAUACGACAAAAAUGGUCAACUUUUCUACGUUCCUUGAAACGCUUCCAAUCACAUCUUUGUGCUCGCUGGCAUAAUUACACAAAGACAAAUUAGUAUCUGUUGUCUCAUAGUGUUUAACUAGAAACAUUUUGAGCUUAGAAUCCCUGGCUGUAUUGUUAGCAUUAAAAAUGUUUAACAUAAGAGUAUAUUAAGAGUAAAUGGUACACAAAUAAGGGAAAGCUGAAAUAAAAUGAGAAAUUUAACACCGUUCCCAUGAUCGAAACUCUCUUUAGCACCUAGUAAUGUUUCAGCGUAUUUGAAUGAGAAUACAAAGGUGAUGUUGUGUUUGUGAACAUAUUAUUAAAAGAAAGUUCAUUUA